AUGAUACGAAAACAAGUGCAACGAACGUUGAUGAUAUUAGAAGGGUUGGGUGUGCCGUUCAAUGCCAUUGACAUAACACUCCGUGGUAAUGAUAAAGAACGCGAAUUCAUGCGCGAAAAUGCAAUCAACGAACGUUGGGAUGGUGUUCCUUUACCACCACAAUUCUUCGAUAAUGAUAUUUACAUCGGGAAUUACUUCGAUUUUGAAGAAGCUGUAGAGGAUAACCAUCUACCGGAAUUCUUACGUCUUAUCCCAGCAUCGUCUUCAGAUAGCAAGUCGAAUAAGAAACUUAACGAUAAUGCUGAAAGCGGCAGUCGCACGAGCGAUCAGGAGACCGAUAAUGAAGAAAAUGAGGAAGAUGAAGAUGAGGAAUAUGGCGACGAGGAGGAGGAUGAAGGAGAUGAGGAGGAGGAAGAUGAAGGAGAUGAGGAGGAGGAGGAUGAAGGAGAUGAGGAGGAGGAGGAUGAAGGAGAUGAGGAGGAAGAGGAUGAAGAGCAGGGGGAGGUAGAUCAGGGGGAUGAGGAAGAUGAGGGAGCAGAAGAGAUAGGAAUAGGUAAGAGGGAAGAGGAGGGCGAAGAAGGAGAUGAUGAGCAAGAGGAUGAGGUAGAGGAACAUGAAAAGGAUGAGAGAAAAAAAACUGAUGAACAACAGGACGAGGAUCAGGAUGAGGAAGAAGAGGAGGUACCUGAGGAAGAUUUUGAGGAUGAAGAUGAAGACGCUAUGUAA